AUGGCCAACAGAGCACAUCUUGUAGCGCUUCGUGGAGCCAGUAGAGGUCAAGCUACGACGCUCGUCCGACGACUCGAAGCUGUUUUUGGUAAUGAAGAACUCGAUGCACUCCAUAAACUUCACGAGCUAGAAACUCAACAUCAAGCGCUGUACGAACGAUAUCAAACAAUCGAGGAAUUGGAUCAGCAAAUAUAUGCUUUGACUCAAGCGGACGUAUUGGAAGUCGACGCUGCGGCGGUGGACAUUGUCAACACUGCAUAUCAAGACGCGAUUAGUCUUUAUCAACACCGGAUCAACACCAAGAGGCGCGCAAUCGAAGCAGCAGAUCCAGAUCGUCGUCGAAAUGAUGUAGCAGCACCAGGUCAGCAAUUCAUUGCGCCGGCAAGAGCCACGAGUAGACCGAAAAUUACGCUUCCGCGUUUCAAUGGAGAGAUUCUCCAAUGGCGACCGUUUUGGCAGGCUUUCCAAGCGGAGAUCCAUUCUGAUGACACUCUGGCCAACAUUAAUAAAUUUAAUUACCUUGUGGGUCAAUUGGAGACCAACGUACUCGGCACGGUUGCGGGUCUCAAACCGUCUAAUGAAAAUUAUCCCGUGCUAGUAAAUUUGCUUACAGAGCGCUUCGGCAAUAUUCCCAAGAUUACGGCGGCUUACAUGCGAGCUCUUUACACUCUUUCGAAACCGGAAGGACAUCUCAAAAGCCUUCGUUUAUUCUACGAUUCUUUGGAAUCAUACGUUCGUGGUUUGGAAGCUUUGGGCAAAGCCCCCGACCCCUAUGGCGAUCUACUUGUUUGUAUUCUCAUGGACAAGCUUCCCAUUGAAAUACGGAAAAAUGUGGCUCGUCAACACGAUCAAGAUGAAUGGACAUUGGAGCAGUUGCGAAAAGCUUUAAGGGGAGAAAUCCGCGUGAUGGAAGCAGGCCAGUCAUCUUUUCUUCCUCAUCAACAACAACCAUCCAGCAGAAAUCAACAGCAGUAUCACGGCGGAAACCCUAAACAUCAAAGCAAAGAAUGUCAGUCGACUUUAUCCUGUCGAAGUUGUGGAGCUCGUCAUCAUUCCAGUCUCCAUUCCAGUCCUGCAAAGUCCAGCAAUCCUUCAACGUUGCCGACGACAGCAAGCGGGAACCAUUGUCAAACGACAGCUUUAAGUUCCAGUGUGUAUGACAUCUAUCCAUUUGUCUUCCUGAAAACGGCUAUCAUCAAAGCUCAAUCACAACAGCAUGAAGAGAAAGUCAAUGCACUCUUUGACGAAGGAGCUCAACGCUCAUGGAUGACGAGAGACGCAGCCAAACGGUUAGGCCUUCGUGCAAAGAGUAGAGAAUUGUUGAUCUUAUCGGGAUUUGCCAAUUUUCCCACUGCGCCAAAAUAUUACGAUCUGGUUGAGCUCGUUGUAGUCACAAUUGAAAAUCAACCGAUCGUCGUUCGAGCCAUAGUCAUCGAUUUUCUGGUUAAUCCAUUGAAAGACGGAUAUCGAAAGAAUCUCCAAGAUCUCGCACAUCUCAAAGAUUUGCAUCUCGCUCAUCCCUUUACUGGACAAGAGACUUUCCAUGUGGACAUCCUGAUAGGAGCUCAUUUUUAUUGGCAAUUCAUCGGAGAUGAAGCCCCGAUUCGUGGUCAAGGAGCAACAGCAAUCAACUCAAAAUUAGGCUAUCUCGUAUCAGGACCACUAGACAGUGUUCGUGUCUCAAAACCGAAACAGUCAAUCAAUCUCCACAUUCAAGCAGUAGAUUGCGACGACUUAUCUUUCCUCUGGUCCCUUGAAAAAUUGGGAAUUUUUCCUCAUCAAGAGAAUGUUAAAGAAGCCGCGGAAUAUGCUGACAAAUGCAUCAAAUUCGAAGAUGGCCAAUAUACGGCCCGUUUCCCAUGGAAAUCAGAAUAUCAAGAGCUUCCUGCUAACUUUAAUAUGGUGCAGAACAUGACUCGAGCCAUUAUUAAACGUUUAACGAAAGAACCAGAAAUGUUAACCGUGUUUUCCCGUCUAAUUGAAGAGCAACUCAAACGCAACUUUAUUGAAAAUGUUCCUGCAUCAGAGCUCGCGAAAAAUUGCCAUUACAUCCCUUAUCAUUAUGUAAAAAGGGAAUCAGCUACUACUCCGAUCCGCAUUGUUUACAAUUGUUCUUGUAAAGGAUGGAAUGGGGUCAGUUUUAACGACUGUGUCGAAGCUGGUGCACCAUUGCAUAACGAUCAAACUAAAAUCUUAAUCAACUUCCGAACUCAUGCCAUCGGCAUCGUCGCCGACGUGGAAAAGGCAUUUCAUCAUAUUAAUCUGCACAAGUCCGAUCGAGAUUUUCUUCGUUGGUUUUGGUUAGAAGAUCCAACCAACCCUGAGUCUCCACUAGCAGUCUACAGGUUCAGAGUGGUGCCGUUUGGAGCUAAGUCAUCACCUUUCAUCCUCAAUGCGGUGAUGAUGCAUCAUCUCAAGAAGUCGACCUCUGAAAUCGCUGCUGAUAUGCUGCAAAGUGUAAUCGUCGACAACAUCAUAACUGGAUGUGAGAAUACCAGUGCUGAUUUUAAUUAUUUCACUGAAGCUAAUCGCAUCAUGGAUCAAGCUCAUCUUCCCCUGCAAGCUUGGGGAUUCAGUGAUGGUGCUGUUGAAAAAAGUUUGGCGGAGGGAGGGUCAACGGACCCAUCGCGUCUAUCAAAAACUCUUGGUUUAAUUUGGAAUCGGGAGAAGGAUACGUUAAACGUUCAACCGCCUCAUCUCUCAGCAGCCGAAGUCGUGACAAAAAGAGACGUCCUUAAAGGAAAUGGAGCCUUCUAUGAUCCCCUUGGUUUUUACGCACCAUUUGGCACUUCAUCGAAAAUUCUUAUUCAAGAUAUUUGCAUAGCAGACCUCAAAAUAGACGACGAGUUGUCUGCCGAUCACCUGAAACGUUGGAAGGAGAUCGUGGAAAAAAGGAUGAUGCGCCGAUUCUUUUUUUAUCGUCAAUGA